AUGGAUAUCCAGUUUGUACUUGAUGUGUAUGCAUGUGCCAUGUACAUAGUUUCAUAUUUCUAAAGCACAAAAAAGGAGUGAGUGAACUUUUACGACAAGCAUGUGCUGAAGCCAGAAAAGGAAAUUCUAGCAUAAAGCUACAAGUCCGAGACAUUGGAAACAAAUUUUUAAACAGUGUCGAGAUAAGUGCACAAGAAGCUGUUUACAUUGUUUUACAGCUUCCUAUGAAGAAGUCUUCUCGUCAAGUAAUAUUCAUAAAUACCACUCCUCCUAAUGAAAGAGUUCAGCUUUUAAAAUCAAUAAAUGACAUUGAAGAAAUGGAUGAUGAUUGUGAAGAUGUAUAUACCAAUGGUCUUUUGCAAAGAUAUGCAAAACGCCCUUUAAGCCUUGAAUACUUAACAUUGGCAGAUUGGGCUGCAUGGUAUGACUCAUGUGGAAAACCAUAUGCAAAAAAAAUCAUUCGAAAGAGAUUCAUAUAAUUCCAUUAGAAAAAGCUGAUGAUGAACAAAAUGACGAUGACCUUUUUGAGGAUAAUCUCAUCAAUCCCAAAAGUAACAAAAAAAAGAUCAAAGGCUAGAAUUAUAAGAAGUGUUUGGUAUAACUGUGAAAAAGAUCCAGAAAAACAUUAUCGUGAAUUAAUAAUGCUGUUUACGUCAUGGAGAAAUGAGGACACUGAUUUGUUAGCUAACUGUUCCUCCUACCAAGAACGUUUCAUAAAUGUAAAAGAUAGUAAAAAUAAGCAAAUGAAACUAUAUGCUGUUUGCAGUGAAGACUUAGACAAAAUCCAUGAACACUUGAUUCAUCUUGAUGAAGACAAUGAUCAUUUUGACUCAAUAGCACCAUUUACACAAAACAGAGAAUACCAGGAUGAGGCUGAGGGUCUUCAAGAUUUGCAUCCUGAUCUCAAUGAAAACUAUGAUUUAUCAGAAGAUGUUGGAAUUCCUUCAGCAAUAGAAACUAGUGAACCACUGAUACUAAAUGAAUUACAAGACCAAGAGUACAGACAAUUGGUGCAAACACUAAAUCAAAAACAAAAGUAAUUUUUUUAUCAUAUCUUGCAUAUUGUUAAAACAUCAGACAAACCAUUCUACUAUUUCCUCUCUGGAGGAGCUGGAGUGGGCAAGUCCCAUCUGGUCAAAUGUCUAUAUCAAGCAGCACUAAAAUAUUACAACUCCAGAGCUGGUGAAGACUUCAAUGAUGUUAAAAUACUGUUAUUAGCACCAACUGGAAAAGCUGCUUUUGGCAUACAAGGUAAUACAAUACACAGUACCUUGGCAAUUCCAGCAAGCCAGUCACUAAAGAUUUAUAAACCUCUUGACUCAAGUAGACUUAACACUCUGAAAUGUAAACUUCGUGCAGUGAAACUAAUAUGUUUGGAUGAAAUUUCAAUGGUUGGCAAUACUAUGUUUAAUGUACAAAUAAAUAAUAGAUUAAAAGAUAUUAUGGGCAGCAAAGAACCAUUUGGAGGUGUAAGCAUGAUAGCACUUGGUGAUUUAUUUCAGUUAGAACCUGUUAUGGAUGGUUAUGUGUUUAAAGAUAUGAACAACUCAGAAUAUCGAGCUCUUGCUCCCAACUUGUGGCAAGAACUAUCUACAAUGUUUGAAUUAGAAGAAAUUAUGAGAAAAAGAGAAAGCAAAGAAUUUGCUCAACUUCUUAACAGGUUAAGAGAAGGUAAUCACACUCCAGAAGACAUUGCAAAACUUAAAGAGAGAUGCAUUUCAGAAAAUUGUACAAAUUACCCUAUCGAUGUCCCCCAUUUGUUCCUACAGAAUUCUAAAGUUGAUGAGUUUAAUAGGAGAGUUCACAUGGCU